UGCACUACACUGCACCACAACUUUGAAUUGCAGGCUAAGCUUUGGAGGGACAGAGAUGACCCAGCUUGGAUGUAUUGCCAUUCUGAUACUAUGUGGGUGCUCCACAGCAUUAGCUAUUUCAUGUGGUAAGAUUGAAAACGGGUGGGUAAAGCCAUUCUCCUUCUUCCAGAGAAGAAAAAGAACAUUUGAAUGUAAUACUGGGUAUAUAGCAGAAAAUGACAACAACAGAAUUGAGUGUACUGCUUCAGGAUGGUCUCCUGUUCCCAAAUGCAUUCCAAUACAAUGCGGAAGGAUAGCAAAUGGGAAAAUAGUGGAUCAAGUUGAACAAAAAACAACCUUUCAAUGCAAUCAUGGAUAUAAAUCUGAAAGUGGAAUUAAUGAAACUACCUGUACUUCUGAAGGCUGGUCUCCAGUACCUAAAUGUAUUGUUCAAGGGUGUCCACAUCCACCUGACAUCGAUUUGGCAGAAAUUGUCAGCAAGGAGAAAGCAGAAUAUUGGGAGGGUGAUGCUGUACGGUACAGGUGCUACCCUGGAUACACUCUGGCAGGACCUGAAAGUAUAACAUGCAGUGAAGAAAAAUGGACACCUCCACCAAAGUGCUUGGCACCGUGUAUUAUUACAAGGCAACAACUGGAAACAAAGAAAUUGCUUCUGUCCAACAGCCGAAGACGUACAGUCUUGAUCCAAAGUGACCAAGCAAUACAACUUUUUUGUAAUGAUUCUGACCUUAAAAUUCCCAAUCACAUCAAAUGUGUUGACGGGCACGUGGAUUUACCAACUUGUGUAUCUGGAACAAAGGGAAAGUGUGGCCAUCCACCUAAAAUUGAGAACGGAGACAUAACUAGUUUAUCCCUAAAUGAGUACGCAUUUGGUUCUUCGGUAGAAUACAGAUGCCAGCAUUAUUAUAUAAUAGAAGGAGAACGAAACUCAUAUUGUCAUAAUGGAAACUGGACUAAAGCACCAGUUUGUUUAGCACCGUGUACUGUCACACAAGAAGCUCUGAGACCAUACAACAUAGAUUUCAAGUGGGCUUCACAUCAGAAACUCUACGUACCACAUGGAGAGUUUGUAGAGUUUAAGUGUAGAUCCAGUUUCUCUCCAAACUCUUCAAAUAUUUAUAGAGUGCAGUGCAAUUUUGGUCAAAUAUCUUAUCCCCAAUGCACUUAGAGAUGGGUCAAUGUAGGAGACUUGAAAGUACACUUUAUUAUUAUGCUUAUUAGUGGUCUCUCUGACAACAAAAAUUACCUCCAGACAUGGAUUGCUUCAGGAAUGGUAUAACAACUAAUUCAUUUUAACUAAUGCUACAGUGACGUUUUGGAUGUGCAGCUUUUUAGGAGCAAUGUCUCCAUAAAUAAACACAAACAAGAUGGUAGCCAGCAUAAGCAAUCCUCAAAUAGAUCAAACAAAAGAAUGUAAAACUCCAAAUGCCCUUUGAAAUGAUCUGCAAAGAAAACACAGCUGGGGUUUAUGCUUUUUCUUGCUUGUUUAUGAUGUCUAAGGGCAACCUAAAAAGGGGGAGAGUUUUUUUUUCCUAUCUGCAUAUUGCACAAGAAAUUGAGGCCUAGUUUAGACUGGAAGACCAAGAUAACUGGUGAAUUAGUGCAACUGUGACAUCACUAGAACUGUGUGAAAAUUAACAAAUGAGAUGGGAUGGGAUUUUUGGCCAGACUCUAAAACUUUGUGUUUUGUUUUUGUUAAUUGUUUAAUAUUUCAAUUACCAAGAUUUUGAAUAAAGGGCUUCUGAAGCCUCUACAAUUAAA